CCGGAGCUGAAACCAAUGUGCACCGCGUGGAGGGUCAGCGUUGCAAUCGAUGCAAUCAGGAGCAACUCUGUUUAGAGGCCGAUAACUGGACCAGGUACUAGAUACUCUGUCGCCAUUUUAACUUUCGUUUUUUGGCGUCGAGGCAAAGAAAUCUGCCGGAUCCUGUGGUUUUUCGCAUCCAGCGCAAGCAGUGCCAGGCAACGUGUGUGUGGAAGUGGAAGCGGUAGAAGUGAGAGGAACUAGCGAGCGAUUAGGAGACCAAGUUCAGAUCGAGUUUGAGAGCAAGAUGUCGAUGUCUGCCACGUGCUACAAGUGCAACCGGCCGGGCCACUUUGCCCGGGACUGCAGUCUCGGCGGCGGUGGACCGGGUGGCAUUGGCGGCGGCGGUGGGGGCGGCGGUAUGCGCAGCGAUGGCGGCGGCAUGCGUCGCAACCGCGAAAAGUGCUACAAAUGCAACCAGUUCGGGCACUUUGCACGUGCCUGCCCCGAGGAGGCCGAGCGCUGCUACCGCUGCAACGGUAUUGGCCACAUCUCGAAGGACUGCACCCAGGCCGAUAACCCGACCUGCUACCGGUGCAACAAGACCGGACACUGGGUCCGUAACUGCCCCGAGGCGGUGAAUGAGCGCGGCCCGGCCAACGUGUCGUGCUACAAAUGCAACCGCACCGGUCACAUCUCCAAGAACUGCCCGGAGACCUCGAAGACUUGCUAUGGCUGCGGCAAGAGCGGCCACCUGAGGCGCGAGUGCGACGAGAAGGGAGGACGGAACUAGGACAGAUGUCCCUAGUAACAGUAUCCGUUAAAAAAAAAAUCAUCGAAAGCGGAAGAUUUGAACACGAAGAAGCAGAAGCAGAAGCAGAAACCACAUAAAAACGAAAAAUCAAUUUGCUACAACAUUCACAAAGCCAGCCAACAUCAGAAAGAAUAAGAAUAAGAAGAACACGCAGAAGAAGAAGAAAAAGCGACAGCAGCACCCAAGUCAAGAUCAACCCCAACCACCCCUCCCCCCCAACACCCAACAACCCACAACCCAACCCACCACCCACACACCAUACACACACACCACAUGCAGAAUAUAUAGAAACACCAUCAUCCAACGAAACUCUUGCAACAUCAUCUCUGAUUCCAAAAGCUGAGCCUGCAGCGCGGUGCCAACGUCCCGAACUGAGAAACUUUCUUCCGAGGAAAGCCAGCAGAAUUGACCGACGAAAUGAAGAAGGAGCUACAACAGAAGAGGAGUCUUCGCGGAGGAGUAAAAGCUCUGUGGGGAGGAGAAACGACGACGACGACGACGACGAUAGCCAACGGCAGCUGUGCAGCCGAGAGAGCAGAUGACGCCGAAGAAGACGAGGAAGGCGAAAACAGGAGGAGGAGGAGGAGGAACAAGCGGAGAAGACGCGAAUGCGACCCAAUUUGUAAGAUGAGAAGACUAAACCGCAACAACAACAACAACAACCAUAGGAGAACCCAACAAGAAGCAAACAACUUUAUUAUAAUUAUAUAUGAUUAUGCUGCAAAAAGUGUUUGAAUUUACUAAUUACAUUAUAACGAAUGGAAUGAAACUAUAUAAGAAUAUAUAAAAAAAGAAAAAAAUACCUUAAAGAAUACUAUAAAAAUCGAUCCUAUUAGGAGUUCCACACCCAGAAAGCGUAAAUAAAAAGAAAAAAAAUUAUAAAAAAGAAAAAGCAAAGAAGCAUGCAAGAGAAGAUCACGUUACUACCAUCCAUCCAUCCAGCUGCUGCCGGCGAGCCUUAGGAAUUCUGCACGAUGUGCUAUCAUCACUUAGCCACCACCACCUCUAACUACCCAUCUACCUACCUACAUACCUUUACCUUUACCUUAAUUCCCACCCCUCAUCCAUCAUCAUCCACCACCACCACCACCACCAUGAUUCUCAAGACGAAGCUGAAGCCAAAAGGGGGCAGCAAACAAGAGCAGAGCAAAAGCAGACAAAGAACAAGACCUACAAGACGGAGAACAUCAACAAUGGUAAACUGAACCGAAUCGAACGACGCUGGAGAGGAUGAGCUAAGCUAACCAGAAAAAAAAAUGAAGAAGAAGAAGAAUACAACACUCAGAACUCAGUACGGUGGGAAGCGGAUCAAGAAGAAGAACACACCUUCAGUUGGACGGGACACAAAGAUGCGAAACCAACCUAUGUACGAUGAAGAAAAUGGAAAUUCAAAUAUCACUGUGAUUGUUUUUUAAUUGUAAAUUAAAAUGCUGGAGCUGCUGAUUUGAGACAAAAAAAAAAAAUAA